UGCUUACUCAUUGCAGAAGCAUGGCGGACGUAGAUUCGCUACAUGAUUUAAGUUCAGAUCAAAACGAAGACCAGAGCGCAGUGGAUGCCGAUGUUGAAGAAGACGAAGUGUCGGAGAGGGGAGAAGACCCAGCAUCUAGGAAGAAGCACAAAAAAUUUCAAAAGAAAAGACGACAUAAAGACAUUGAGCGUUCUAGUGGGGACUCGGUGACAGAAGAUGAUGAGGUUAAUAGACCAGACCCCCUCCCUGUGAUCCCCAACGAUAAAGAGCAGCAGCAGUCUGGUAUGGAGGCUGAUUAUGAAAGUCAGGACACAGGUACCAAACAGACAGUGCAGGACAGCAAAAAGAAAGUGUCGGCUGGCGCAGAGGGUCCCAUUCCCUCUAAUGCCCCAGAGUCUUCACUCUCAGGAUUACAGAAAAUUCAGAAAGCUGUCGAAUUAUUAUCUAUGUCCCACGGUGCACCUAAAAGUAUGGAAGAAGCUACAAAGAAGAGAUACAAAUUCUGGGAGACUCAGCCAGUGCCUGAAAUAAAUGAGAAGAUCCAGGAUAUAAAUCAACCUAUUGAGGAGGAUAAGCCGGUGGAGGAAAUCAGGACAGAGCCCUACAGUCUUCCGUCAGGCUUUAUCUGGGACACGCUCGAUCUUCUAGACCCACUCAUUUUAAAGGAACUGUACACUCUGUUGAAUGAGAAUUAUGUAGAGGAUGAUGACAAUAUGUUCCGAUUUGAUUACAGUCCGGAGUUUUUACAAUGGGCUCUGCAGCCCCCUGGCUGGUGUAAAGACUGGCACUGUGGUGUUAGAGUGGCUAAAAGUGGCAAGCUUGUAGGCUUUAUUAGUGCUGUACCAGCACUCAUCAAAAUGUAUGACAAAAAGAAGCACAUGGUAGAAAUCAAUUUUCUGUGUGUCCACAAAAAACUACGAUCAAAACGAGUGGCGCCGGUGUUAAUAAGGGAGAUAACUCGCAGAGUAAACCUUAAAGGACUGUUUCAGGCAGUGUACACAGCAGGGGUUGUCCUCCCUAAACCAGUGGCGUGUUGUAGAUACUGGCAUAGAUCUUUAAAUCCAAGGAAGUUGAUAGCUGUCAAAUUUUCACAUUUGACAAGAAACAUGACAAUGCAACGGACAUUGAAGCUUUACAAGUUACCCGAGAAUCCAAAGACACCUGGUUUUCGAAAGUUCACUCCUGCAGAUGUUCCCGAGUCAUUUGAGUUAUUAAAAAAGUAUCUAGACAAGUUUGACUUGUCUCCAACAUUUUCAAUUGAAGAAUUCCGCCAUUGGUUUAUCCCUAGGCCUGGCAUUGUUGAUUCCUAUGUUGUUGAGAAGAAUGGAACCAUUACUGACUUUGUCAGUUUCUAUACCCUCCCCUCCACCGUCAUGCACCACCCCCAAUACAAGAUGCUGAAAGCUGCUUACUCCUUCUACAACGUCAGUAUGGCCACUCCCUGGGUUGAUCUCAUGCAGGAUGCACUCAUUGUAGCAAGAAAUAUGGAGUUUGAUGUAUUUAAUGCAUUAGACCUGAUGGAGAACAAAGAAUUUCUGGAGAAGCUGAAGUUUGGAAUUGGGGAUGGAAAUCUUCAGUACUACCUGUACAACUGGCGGUGUCCACAGAUGCAGCCCCAACAGGUUGGUCUAGUACUUCACUGAGAGUUAUAUCCCCUAGAUUUAUUAAUUUAUGAAGAUAUUAUGAACUUGUGUGUACAUAUGGCCUAUUAAGGAUGCCUUAAAAUGUACAUCUCCUAAAGACGAAAAACAAUUUAACAUUGGAUGAGUGUGAAUUGGGCGUGUGGUGUACCUAGGUAGCUGCUUUCAGAAAACAGUUUACCAAGAUCAGAGUGAACAAACAGGAAAUGGUAUAUUACCAUAUGUGCCAACUGAAUACAUGAAUACCUGCUUCGUGUCAGGGUAGAAGACAUUGCGCUGAUCACUCAUCAUUCAGCUCUCUUCAUUUAUUGUAUAACUUUCUGACUUCACGCAUGGAUUUUACAUGAUGGCAAAAUAUUUGGCUAUCUGUGCAUGAGUAGAUAUUAUAAUUGUUAAUGAAUAAAAUUGUAUGACUUUA